AUGUCGGCACCAUCAGGAGCCUCCGCCGCGUCGGGACCGUCAAGCUCGAUUAAGAAGCCAUUUCCUCAUGUCGACCUGGAGGGCAAUGACUUGCCCCCUUCACCAGCUCCCUCAAGCCCCCACGCCGGCCGUCGAUACAAUAUUGCCACCGAACUAGUCUUCACCGAGGGCAAUGACCAAUACAAUGCCAGCAGUGUGCCGAUCUACCAGAGCGCUACUUUCAAGCAAUCUUCUGGCGCCGGUGGUGGAGAAUAUGACUACACUCGCUCCGGGAACCCAACUCGCACCCACCUGGAACGGCACCUGGCAAAGAUUAUGUCCGCCCAACGGGCCCUCGUCGUAUCCUCCGGCAUGGCCGCCCUGGACGUGAUCACUCGACUCCUGCGACCCGGUGACGAGGUCGUCACCGGUGACGACCUGUACGGCGGCACCCAUCGCCUGCUGAAGUACCUGUCAACCAACGGCGGCAUCAUUGUACACCACGUUGACACCACCGACCACGAGAAGGUCAAAUCCGUGUUAACCCCUAAAACCGCCAUGGUCCUCCUGGAAACCCCCCACCAACCCCCCUCAUCAAGAUCGCCGACAUCCCGCGCAUCGCCGCCUCGGCCCACGAAGCCAACCCCUCCUGCAUAG